AUGUCGUCCCGCUCGGACAGUGGCAGUGGGGAGGACUCGUUGGACCGGCUGCUGCCCCCCCCAGGGGCCCCUCGCAGGAAGAGCACCACGUCCCUCAGCACGACGGAGCCUCCUCUGCUGCGAACAGGCACACGCACCGUCUACACCGCCGGCCGACCUCCCUGGUAUGACGAGCACGGAGCUCAGUCCAAAGACGCCUUCGUCAUCGGCUUGUGUGGGGGCAGCGCCUCAGGAAAGACCACCGUGGCCAAUAAGAUCAUCGAGGCUCUGGAUGUGCCGUGGGUCGUGCUGCUGUCCAUGGACUCUUUCUACAAGGUUCUCUCUCCGGAGGAACAGACCCUGGCCGCGAGCAACGACUACAACUUCGAUCACCCCGGGGCGUUUGACUUCGAGCUGCUGGAGGCGACGCUCAGGAAACUGAAGCAGGGCCGGAGUGUGAAGAUCCCGGUGUACGACUUCAACACGCACGGCCGGCAGAAGGACUGGAAAAAUGUUUACGGUGCCAGCGUAAUUAUAUUUGAAGGAAUUAUGUCUUUCGCGGACAAAGAGCUCCUCGAGCUCCUGGAUAUGAAAAUCUUUGUGGACACAGACUCGGACAUUCGACUGGUCCGCCGGCUCCGCAGGGACAUCACAGAGCGCGGCCGGGACAUCGAAGGCGUCAUCAAGCAGUACAACAAGUUUGUGAAGCCGGCCUUCGAGCAGUACAUCGAGCCGACCAUGAGGCUGGCGGAUAUCGUGGUGCCAAGAGGUGGAGGGAAUAUGGUGGCCAUCGAUCUUAUAGUCCAGCAUGUUCACAGCCAGCUGGAGGAGCGAGAGCUCAGUGUCAGGGCUCUGCUGGCCUCCGCUCAGCAGACGCAGCCUCUGCCUCAGACGCUCUGCGUGAUGGAGAGCACGCCGCAGGUCCGAGGUCUGCACACCAUCAUCAGGAACCAGGAAACCAGUCGAGACGAGUUCAUCUUCUACUCCAAGAGAUUAAUGCGGCUGCUGAUAGAACAUUCUCUCACUUUUCUACCAUCUCAGGCGUGUGUAGUUCAGACUCCACAGGGCCAGGAGUACCAGGGCUGGAGCUACAACGGCAGAGGGAUCACCGGUGUGUCCAUCCUGCGGGCAGGAGAGACCAUGGAGCCCGCCCUCAGGGCCGUGUGCAAGGACGUCCGCAUCGGCAAGAUCCUGAUCCAGACCAACCUGGACUCAGGCGAACCGGAGCUGCAUUACCUGCGUCUGCCCAAAGACAUCAGUGAGGACCAUGUCAUCCUAAUGGACAGCACGGUGUCCACCGGCGCUGCUGCCAUGAUGGCGGUGCGAGUCCUGCUGGAUCACGAGGUGCAAGAGGAGAAGAUCAUGUUGGUGUCGCUGUUGAUGGCAGAGCUCGGGGUUCACUCUGUAGCCUACGCCUUCCCCAAGGUGAAGAUCAUCACCACGGCUGUGGACAAGAGUCUGGACGAUAACUUACAUGUAAUUCCUGGUAUCGGGGACUUCGGGGACCGGUACUUCGGGACGGACGGGUUGGACACCUGGAGCGAUGAGGAGGACGGAGACCAGCCGUCGCACUGACUCCAGCGUCCGUGAGCCUCCGUGAAAAAGAAAAUACAAAACUCUACUUGAAAACGUCUCUCGUUGCUCAGCGGUCACGUUCACUUCUCUGUGUACUGUACGGGAACUUCUCUACUGUGUACGCAUGAGGGAUGUGUCGCUCUCAGAGGAUCACACAAGUCAAACAGUGCCAUUACCCUUUGAGGUACAAUAAUGCAACAACAACAAUAUGAUUAUGCGCUAAAUUAAUUCAUUCUGGACUGAGUUGCACCAUAGACUGUAAAUAAAGAGGUUGUGAAUAUUGCAGCCAGCCACCAGAUGGCGAUGUGGAUGCUUUGGCUUCACUUUCGGGAGCUGUCAUAUCUUGCAUCUUUACUCACAGUGAAUAUGGUUUGCAGCAGGUUUUCUUUUUCAUGAAUCCAGGAAGUAUUAGUUAGCGGUUUAUUCAAUGAGGGUGCACCAUUAAAACUUAAGGAAUAUUGUGACUAGUUAGGACUUUAGUAAAGUGUGUAUGUGCUGUUUGUGUGCUUUGAGCUAACAUCCUGCUGACAUGGUGUAAAUCUGUGAAACUUGAAUGUAAUGUUUAUAUAUGAAGUGAACUUGAGCUAAUGUACGACGACGCUAGCUUUAAGUUUUAGGAAUCGCUGGUGCAACCUGCUUAUGAAAAUGUUCUCAGGCCUUGUCUGCACUACUGUGGAUAUUUUUUUAACAUAAGCUUUCACUUCUUUCACCUUUUUGUUUUUAAAAAGAAAUCUCCGACCACAUAACCUUCGUCCAAAAAAACACAAAAAAAACGAUCACAAACUUUCCAACAAGCCGGCCGGGCCACUAGGUGGCGACAAAGUCAACGAAGCUGUUAGUUAUUUGCAAUUUCUAAAUAUCAUUAGUGUGGACAGAGGCUCUAUCACACUUUAACAUAAUGAGCUCACAGUCAAAGAGUAGUCAGACAUGUUAUACGAUCAUAUAUUUAAAAGGGAAAAUAUAAUUUUCAAUAUAAUCAACCUCUUACAGGUUAACACUUUCACAGUGGGUGGAAAACGCCCAGUGAGCUUAUUGCAAAUCUUAAAUUCAGGGUGUGAAGAAGGAUUCAGAGAGAUUCAAUUCAGGUUUAGUUUUCAGAUCUCACUGCCUCGUUCCACUCCCUUUGGGAUUAAAUGAGGUGCGACCAUUAUGAACUGAUCGUGGGAGGUGUGAUUCUCAGUGGGGGGGGGUCGCAGACUGUCACAUGACUCUUUCCCAUGCUCCUCUGACUCUCAGGUUCAGACCCAGGCCACCUUGCCUCCCUCUCCGCUGCACCUCAAAGCCUG